AUGGAGAGCAAACGGGAGCCGCUCAAACGGUACAUCUGCUCGUUCGCGGGCUGCCGGGCGGCCUACAACAAGCAGUGGAAGCUCGACGCGCACCUGUGCAAACACACCGGCGUCAAGCCGCACGCGUGCGCGCGCUGCGCCAAGUCGUUCUGCACCUCGUACCACCUGGCGCGACACGAGCUCAGCCACAGCGGCGAGAAGCCCUUCCGCUGCCCGGAGGACGGCUGCGAGGAGGCCUUCACCACCACCACCAACCGCACCAGGCACGUCGGCCGCGUCCACGCGCCCGGCCGCAAGAAGACGUACGCGUGCACGUUCGAGGGCUGCGCGCUCGAGUUCAAGAAGAACAAGCAGCUGAAGGCCCACGUGUGCGAGCGGCACAGCGCGCUGGCCGGGCACCCGUGCACGCACGAGGGCUGCGCGAUGCGGUUCGCCGUCCCCAGCAAGCUGAGGCGGCACGAGAAGGUGCACCGGGGCUACCCGUGCACGGACGAGGGCUGCGGCUUCACGGGGAAGACCUGGACCGAGUACCUGAGGCACCGGAAGGAGCGGCACCGGCCCGUCCUCAGCUGCGACCAGUGCGACAGGACCUUCAAGGACUCGUGGUUCCUGCAGCAGCACCGGCGCGUCCACUCGGAGACGCGCGUGGUCCUGCGGUGCCCGAGGGCCGGCUGCGAGCGCUCCUUCACCACCGCCUUCAACCUGCAGAGCCACAUCGGCUCCUUCCACGAGGAGCGCCGCCCCUUCGCCUGCGCGCACGCCGGCUGCGGGAAGACCUUCGCCAUGAAGCAGAGCCUCCGGCGCCACAGCGUCGCCCACGACCCGCAGAAGAAGAAGCUGGCCAAGGCCCGGCCCAAGAGGUCGCUGGCCUCCCGGCUGAGCGGCUACGCCGGGGUGGAGAGGGCGAAGCCCGGCCCGCCCGGCCCCGUCCAGCUGGUGUCCCUCCUGCAGGACACGUCUCUGCUGUGCGGCCCCCCCGUGGACGCCCAGGGGCUCACCGAGGCCCUGGCUGCACCCCUGUCGGUGUAGAGGAGGAGCGGUUGGGGGUCACUGCGAGGACACGGUGUGGGAAAAGUGGUCCACGCGGUCCCGGCUGCACCUGAGGGUCCUGGUGUGGACUCUGGACCCAAUGAACAGCUGCUUUAUUUCAUGAAUGAAGCCGACUCUCGUUGUUCUGUUUGUUUUGUUUAAUAUAUCCGGUAAAAAAACCUGUUUGAAUAAAUAAAACCGGUACAAUAUAUAGAUAUAUUUUUGUCUGAAUAGUUUGAGGUCAAUUUGACUCAUUUGGGGGUAUUUCUGAGCACAUUGGGUUCGUGGACCUACAAUACUGAAGAGGUUGAGUCUCCUGGUGAAACCGUAGAAUACACAGCAGUAGAAAUGUGUCCGGGUCCAAAGAUACGUCUGAAAAUGACUUCUUUUUCAGGAUUGGUUGGAAGUUGGUCAAAACAAAGAUGGCUGGUCCGUCUCCUGCUGGACCAUUUAAAAAUUGAGUAUUUUUAUUUUGGUAUCACUUGCAAUGUAAAUAAAUUGCAGUACGCGGUUUGAUGGCAGUACUUUGUGUGUUGUAUGUUUUUUAAAAUUGCGAUAGCGUGCACAGACCCCUCUG